ACAGCUUUAAGCUCCUACUUUUCUGUAACAUCCCUCAAAGUACUCCUUCACAUUUCUGGCUUUCUGUCUCAAAACCUCCAAUCUUGUUGCUGCUCAUCCCAUCCUGCCUUGGAUUCCUCAAAACAUGACAAAGGUCAAACUGCUGACACUUUCCCAUUAAACACCUUUCCAAUUGGAUUCCUCCCAUGGAAGUCAAACCAACUAGCAAAACAAGCACACCAUAAAUACUUCCUCCGAGGCUGUCUUUACUGCUUUGCUAGUCAUGGAGCCUUUUGCCUGGAGUUCAAACACUAUAAACUUCGGUUCUGACGGUUUAAAGGAUGACUUUUUGGUGAAUUCCUCAAUUACCAAAAAUGGGUCUGCUUCAUCUUCGUCUUGGGUUUUGGACAGUGAGAGAUGCGAGCUUGUGGAGGCUCCAGUGAAGCUAGAGCGUAAAGGGGGGUCGGCAGAGAGAACGGUUGCUGCUUUGAGGAGCCACUGCGAGGCGGAGAGGCGGCGGAGAGCGAGGAUUAAUGCUAAUCUCGAUACGCUUCGUGCCCUAGUACCGGGCGCUAAGAAGAUGGACAAAGCAUCAUUGCUUGGUGAAGUAAUCAGCCACUUGAAGGAACUUAAGAGGAGCGCAGCAGAAGCUAGUGAUGGGUUUGUUAUACCAAUGGACUUUGACGAAGUAAUUGUUGAACGAGAUGAUGGAUUUGAUGGAACCCCUUAUUCAAUUAGAGCAUCUCUAUGCUGCGAUUAUAAACCUGGAUUUCUCUCUGAUUUGAGACAAGCACUCGAUGCUCUCCAUCUGAUAAUAAUGAGGGCAGAGAUUGCAACCUUGGGAGGAAGAAUGAAGAAUGUUGUUGUGAUGACCUGCUGCAAAGAAGGGCAUGUUAAUGAUACCGAAGUCCGCCAGGCCCUUGUCUCUUUACUCGAUAAAUUUUCUGUUUCACAGGAGUUCUCAAUAGGAAGCACUCUUUCAGAUAAGAGGCGAAGAAUUUCUCUAUUCGAUUGUCCGAGUUCAUCUUCAUUUGGAGAUUUCCUUUGAGCAUAUGAAUCGUUGAUGAUGGUUAGUAUCUUUGUGAAGUUAUAUUUCUGUCUAUAUGCAUUGGCAUACUUGUGGUCAUACAGUGACUGAUUUUGUAUGUCUCGUCUGCUGUAUUAACAACUCAAGAUGAUUUAUAUAGCAAUGUAUAGUGCUUCCUGUAUUCUGGAUGGAUAAAUAUGAUGAAAUUAUUGUAAUAAACGUCAUUGAUGAUUUAAUCUUGAUGCAAUUGGUUACGGAAAGUUAUUUAA